AUGGAGUGUCUUGUUGAGGUGGCUGCGAUCGUCGCGGGGUGGUUUGGGCGACUCGCCGAGGCGGCUGGAAAAAACCGACGACCGAUCGCCAUCGCCAUCGCCCUCAAGCUGCUAACCCCGGGUCCGCUGACCCUCUCGACUGGUUGUACGACAACACCAUUUCAAUGGACAUGUGAACAGGUCGCCGCGCGGCUGGGGCAGGCUGGCUUCAAGUGCGGAAAGUCGACUGUCAGUGACUGGGCUCAACUCCACGCGGGCCACCGCGAACUGAUUCAGUCUGGAACGCUGGAUGAAGUGAUCGAGCUGGCGCGGUCCACCCGCACGAAAGGCCGACCACCCAUCUUUACCGAUCACGAAGUUGAUGCAAUUAUCAAUUUAUUGGAAGCGUUUGCUCGCGCGUCAUGCUGUCUGACGAAAGCGCAGGCCGCCAAGUACUUGAAACCGUGUUCUGAAACAACUUCUUUCGACGGCUCACCAAGGCGGGCGUUUGUCCAAGACACGCCUAGCCGGUCCUGGUGGGCCACCUUUUUGAAGCGAGCGAAGGGACGCGUCAGGCUUCGAAAGGGCCGUGUGCUGGAAGUGUGCCGGGCUGCAGCGCUGACACCCGACAAUCUCGGGACUCUCCCGACUCAACUCAAACAGGCCUACGAUCAACAUCCUCUCCUUACCGUCGAGCCGAGCCGCGUCAGCAACUUUGACGAGAGCGAGAUUUCUUCUCGCGUCAAGGGAUCGACUGUAUUAGGGGCAUCGUGGGGUCGUGUCGCGCUCGUUGGCGGUGGGCACAACAACAGCCUCGGACGGCACAUCACCGGCGUCUUCUUGGUGUGUGCCGAUGGAACUGCGCCGCUCCCUCCCAUGCUGAUUUUUACGAAGGGUACGAACGUCGCGACGGUUUGCCAACACGUUCCCAUUGACGCCUGCUCUACCGCAACGACCGAGAAGGGGUACAUGACCUCAGACUUGUUCAAAACUUAUCUGCGCGAGUGGCGAAGCUGCAUGCGAGAAAGACACCCGUCAGGCCCGCUGCUUUUGAUCAUGGAUGGCUCAUCCACGCACAGCCUCGAGCACGAUUUGGUGGCCGAGUUUUUCUACGAUCAAAUUCAGAUUCUUGUCUUGCCCGCGCACACGAGCACUGAGACUCAGCCACUCGAUCGCACUGUGUUUGGCUACUUCAAGCGUCAGUUACAAGCAGAGUAUGCGAGCGCGAUUGCAGCUGGCGUCUUUGCCUCGGACGACCAAAUGCGAGUGCAUUGCGCUCUGAAUGCGUGGUACAAGAUUUCGCAAAAUACAGCCGUCAUCACUGCUGGAUUUAAAAAGACUGGAAUCUGGCCUUUGGACAAGAAUGCAUACUGCGAGUGGGUGGUGAGCCCGGACCAUGCGAGCAGAACUGAAUCACUCAUAGGAAAAGAGGCCUUGGCUGCGCCCGUCCAGCCAGUUUCUGCAACGCCCACAGACACGGCGAGCGUCCCCAAUCUCCUGUCGACUCCAACGCUGCCCGUCGUCGAGAGUGCCGAGAUAUCCCACCCCACACCGCCUUUGCCCUCGGUGGAGAGCGGGUAUGCCAGCGUCCCAGACCCUGCUCCCUCGC